AUGGCGAUGCCCGGUGACAUGGUUUCCAAACAUACUCUCUCACCUACUCAAUUCUUGCCGCGAGCAGCUGCCAUUGAGCCAGACGCUACUGCGAUCUACCACGUCAACCUCAACGGCCAAGUCGAACGUCGGACGUACGAGACUUUCGAGCGCCGAGCCGCUGGUUUGGCUUAUUACUUGAAGCAUCAUGGUAACAAGCGGGUUGGGAUCCUGGCUCCCAACACGCCCACAUUUUUGGACUCGGUUUUUGGUACUGGGGGUGCAGGAGCCGUUAAUGUUGCUAUCAAUAGCCGCCUCAAAGAAGAAGAUGUUAAAUACAUCUUCGAGCAUUCAGAAGUCGACUUAAUUAUCGCGGACGUUCAAUACGAACCGCUACUCAAAUUCUUCAGGAAAGAUCAUCCAUCCGUUCCUAUAAUUAUAGACACUGACACAGGACCCGAAAAUGGACCAUUCAAUGAGGCCAUCCGAGAAGGCCUUCAUCUCGAUUCCCGUCAGGGGAAUCUUGGAUGGGCAGGGCUUCAGGCACAGUGCCCAAAUGAAGACGAAAUGAUAGCAUUGUCAUACACAAGUGGUACAACCUCGAGGCCUAAAGGAGUGAUUUACACGCACCGUGGUGCAUACCUUGCUAUGUUGGGAAAUCUGAUCGAAUCCGGGCUCAACAACUCCUCGGUUCGCUGUGGAUAUCUUUGGAUAUUACCCAUGUUUCAUGCAAUGGGGUGGACCUUCCCUUGGGGUGUCACUGCUGUGCGAGGCACCCACUAUUGCCUGAGGAAGGUCGAGUAUUCCAACAUUUGGAAAUUGCUACUAAGCGAGCCGAUCACGCACUUCUGUGCAGCGCCGACGGUUAACACGAACCUUUGCCGUCACAAGGAUGCCAGACGUCUCUCCCGGCCAGUACAAGUUGUUGUGGCAGCUAGCCCCCCAUCCGCAGUUUUAUUUAACCAGAUGACUGCGUUGAAUUUCUUACCGGUGCAUGGGUAUGGCCUAACGGAGACUUACGGCCCAGCUACCAAGUCAUAUAUUCCCCCAGAGUGGGUUGGCGACUCGGAGGGAAAAUAUACUUACCUGGCUCGUCAAGGGCAUAGUAUGAUUACUGCCUUACCGGUUAGGGUGGUCAAAUCUGAAAGCGACCCAGAGCUCAUUGAUGUUGCCAAAAAUGGGGCUGAAAUCGGAGAAGUCGUUGUAACAGGCAACCUCUGCACCAAGGGUUACUACAAAGAUCCUGUGGGCACUCAGAAACUUUUCGAAGGAGGACAAUUGCACACUGGCGACCUAGCAGUGAUGCACCCUAACGGAGCAAUUCAAGUUGUUGAUCGCGCCAAGGACAUCAUUAUCAGCGGAGGGGAAAACAUCUCAUCCGUUGCAGUUGAGAAUGUUCUCAUGAAGCACCCUGAUGUGAUCGAAGCUGCUGUAAUUGGCAUCCCUCAUGAAAAAUGGGGCGAGACCCCCAAAGCAUUUAUCACAACGGUUCAUGAUUCCGGCGUUGAAGGCGAAGACAUUAGACAAUGGGCGCGCGAGAAUUCUGAGAUCGGUGGGUUCAUGGUGCCUAGCCAAGUGGAGAUUGUGCCGGAGCUGCCCAAGAACAGCACUGGAAAGAUGCAAAAGAAAGUUCUGAGGGAAAUGGAGAUGAAGCGCCGCCACCGUGUGGCAAAUUUGUGA